GCGGCAAGUUCGGCAACACAGUGCUGGAUUUUGUGCUGGUGUGUGUGGACCGUUCGCUCCAGCUCCCACUUGAGCUGGAAUAAGCCGUGAGGACAGAAGUGCUCCAUGGGACAGGACAGAAAUUAAACUCUUACUGGGAUACGGUAUACUUCCAUCUACUUUCUGCUGUGUAAACCAAUAUGAUGAAAGGACAGUGUAGCCCCUGUACUCUCCCUAAAGGAUGGUGGCAGCCUGUCAUCGUUAUCCUCACUCCUCUUAUCCUCUCUCUCCUCCCCUUCCUCUACCCCUCCACCGAGUCAAGAUGCGCCUACGUGAUCAUAGUUAUGGCAGUGUACUGGAUAACGGAGGCGCUACCGUUGGCCGUUACUGCACUCGUACCGAUCUUCGCCUUCCCGCUGUUAGGGGUGUUGUCGACGGCUGCUGUGUGUCAGGUCUACCUCAAGGACACCAACUUUAUGUUUAUGGGCGGACUUAUCAUGGCUGUCGCUGUCGAGCAUUGUAACCUACACAAGAGGAUUGCCUUGUUCGUCAUUCUUCAUGUUGGUCAGAGUCCGCGUUUGUUGAUGGCGGGUUUCAUGAUUACCACUAUUUUCCUCUCUAUGUGGAUCUCUAACACUGCAGCCGCCGCUAUGCUCGUUCCCAUCGUUGACGCCGUCGUCUUGGAGCUGUGUAAGACGAGAAAGAUUGAAGUUCGACUGGAGCAGGAGAGGGCGGUGCCAACUCUACAGGAGGUUACCGUGUCCUUACCCAGACAGAGUCGCCUUAAACUCUGCGAUUCGGACGCCACCUUCUCCGACAUUAUUAUUAAGGAUGAGGACGGGACUCCACAGUUAGAACGGAAGGAGAAGCAGGCGAAGGAGCUUCCUGAAAAUGAGGACACCGACGAAGAGUCCAAGGCGGUGAGAAAGAUGUUCUUCCUGGGGGUGGCCUUUGCUGCUAACAUAGGAGGCACCGGCUCACCCCUCGGCUGUGGCCCUAACCUGGUUGUGAUGGGCAUCCUGCAGAACACGUUCGAGGAACCCACCGGCCUCAACUUCGCCACCUGGAUGAUGUUCAACGUACCUGGGAUGAUUAUAUGCGGUGUGUUGGGGUGGUGUUGGCUGCAGAUCCUCUUCAUGUUCUGUGGGAAAGUUAGAGUACAGAAGUCAAGCCCACUAAGGGAACGAGCCAUGAAGAUGUUCCUCCGUGACCACUACGACGGCCUGGGCAGGAUCACCCAACACGAGCUGGUGGUGUUGACCUCCUUCACGCUCCUUGUCUUCCUGUGGGUGUUCAGGGCGCCAGGCUUUAUACAGGGCUGGGCUCACCACGUCUCUAACCUCUUCGAAGACAAAGUGAUAAUCCGAGACGCGACGCCAGUGAUGCUGAUGGUGUGUCUACUCUUCACCAUCCCGGCCAAAUCUCAGUGUUGUUCAGACGUGGAUAGCGAUGACAGAAAGCCAAAGAGGAUGGAGAUGUGCUUGACGUGGGAGGUGGUACACGAGAAGCUACCCUGGGGAAUUAUCCUCUUGUUGGGAGGCGGCCUGGCCAUGGCCGAGGCCGCCAAAUCAUCGGGUUUAUCCGUCUUCCUGGGCCAGCAACUACAACACUUCGACGUCAUGCCCAAAGAACUGAUCGUAUUCGUGGUGUGUCUCAUGACGGCCAUGUUGACGGAAGUCGCCUCUAACACUGCCACAGCCUCCGUCCUACUGCCAGUUAUCAAGGAUCUGGCGCUGGGAAUCAACGUCAACCCCCUGUACCUGAUGCUGCCGGCUACUGUAUGCUGUGCCUAUGCCUUCAUGCUGCCUGUGGCCACCCCGGGCAAUGCUAUCAUCCUCACUGCCGCCCGCAUGAGCACCCACGAGAUGAUGCGAGCUGGGGCGGUAAUGAACGUGCUGUGUGUGUUGGUGAUCACACUCAUGAUCAACACACUCGGGGUGGCCAUCUUCGACCUACACAACAUCCCCUCCUGGGUCAAUUCCACCACGACUUCAGUUCACUAAGUUCCUGUAUCAAGGACUAGUGUUCUCCGCCACUGUUAUGUCAAUCACACCAGUCACUUACUAGAGCUAUUGUUAUAUAUCAAUCACGUCCGUCACAUUAUUAGAAGCGCCUUUGCCACCAUCAUCACUGUUCAUGUGACCUACAUCACAAUGAUCAGCUGUUACCUCCAUCAGUUUUCUCAACUGCCACAACAAAUAGCAGUCUUCAACAGUGCCAGAGAUAUGUUGAACUUGUUGUUAAGAUAAGCCUUCACCUCACCACAUGGAUUACCACCUACUUCACCUUGCAAAGAGAAAUCUUCAUUGCGACAAUCUUCUUGGUCAUAAAUAUUUUUUGAGAUACGCCAUCACAACUGCCAUCUCUGCCACCAAGCUUGGAGUUCUUCACCAUAAUAAAUUAAACCUUAUGUUUUGUGAGUCGUCUAAUAGGGAGAAAGUUAUCAUUACGAUUACCCUUAUCGUCGUGAUACUUGGAGAAGCCAUCGUUGCAUCUGUAGUCUCAGCCAUUCAACUUCGACCUGCCUUUCAUUUCACAACGCAACACUAGAUACAGCUUUCACCCUAACUGCCAUUUUGAUUAUAAAACUAGGAGAAGCUUUCACUAUGAUUGACAGCAUCACUCACCACACAAGGGGAGUCCUUUAUUCUUGACUGUUAUAUCAAUCACAUAAUUAGGAAAGGCCUUCACUACAAUCUUCAUAUCCAGCACAAUUACUAGAUUCAGUUUUCACCACCACGAGUGCUAACGACGAAGCCUUCACCGCCACUAGUUAUCUCGGCCAUAUUUUCAAGAACAACUCAGUAUCCUUCACCUCUAGUUUCGGAUGAGCUACCACAUAAGAAAUGGUCCUCAACCUCGUCUCUGGACUUAUCAUCAGAGAUUUAGCCAACAGUGACGCGUACUGCCUAUUCAUCAGGAUAGAAUCAUAUACAGUACAGGGAUAUUAGAUGAAAUAGGAGUACAGUGAUUACCGGUAAGAUUUUAAUUAAUGUGUUUUGAUAAGCUAAUUGGAACUGUUAAACUUAAGAGAUACAACAUUUAUCUUGAGUCUGUAUUUUAUCAAGAAAAUCACUCAAUCAUUUACCGUAUCGUGCCAUUGGGUUGGAUUCCAUGACGGUUUUUUUUCCAAGGGUAAACAGUUUCAAGGACUAUAAACAGGUUGAGAACCAUUAUCCUUAUGGUCUACUGCAGCUGUUGCACAUCUAUAUGGAAUUACGACAAAAUUAAAUCAGUUUACAGUUGAUGAACCAGAAACAGUAUUCAUAGCUACUUAAUGUAGGGUUAGAGGUACUAAACCCAGGUUCUUUAGUAGUAAUUCUUUUUUAUGACUAAUGACAAAACUGAUACCUCAAGCCGAAUUAGAAUAGGUCGGACUCUGAAGAAAAGAUUUAUUACUGUAUCUUCCUUGUGCUUACGUCAAUAGGUGGCUGAAGGUUUUAUUACAUGAAACACGAACUUUAUUUUCAGUGACUUGCAUGGGAGUUACUGAAUGGGUAUACAAAGGGAUAAAGUAAUGUUUGGGAUAUAAAAUUCAUAUACGAUGGGGGGUGGGGGUGUGAAGUAUAUACAGUACAGUUUAAUAUAUAUAUAUAUAUA